CACAGAGAAGAGCGGGGAAGACAAUACUAAUGGAUCCCAACUUGAAAUAACCUGCUAGGUAGAUCUGGGGUCCGACCCUAACCCAGAAUAAAGCCGGGCUGCCCAGCAACCAGCUAAGACGGACCCCUGACACAAUGACGGAUGCCAAUCUGAUACUGCCAGCUUGCAGAAAUGCAGCUGCAGCUCCUCCCAAUGGAUCGCUUUUAGCAGGCAUUUCCGCGCCAAUGGCCAGGCCAGACCCAACCACUGGCGCUUGAGCGAGAGAACACCACAAAGAAGACAUCCUGACGCCGGCCCCAUCUGACAACCGCGCCAUGGAGAAGCCAGAACCCAGCACAGCGACCUGAAAAAGUAUGCGCGAUCCAGCGAGUUGGGCGAGACGAAUCGCGCCGGCCUUAGUGUUGCUGGGACUCCACGCAGCCGGUGCCAAUGGCUCCAGGUCCACACCGGACCCGGCCGUGACCGCCGCGCCGGCCGCCGCAGAAGUGUGCGAAUUCAGGACGAUCAACUAUAUCACGCAUACAUUGCCGCAGCAAUGCUUGCGCACGUCGUGGACGAGUCCCGCCCCUACUGCCACCGACGACGACAACGACAGGGCACAAGCAACCGUCACCGUCACUGCCACGGCAGCUAGUGCGAGCUCGGGCGCAGCACAAGACAAUGCCACAGCGCAGGAGCAGGAGAAGCAGGAGGAGCUGGCUGCCAGCUCCUUCAUGUCGUUCGAGGAAUGGAAGGAGAUGAUGCUGCGCAAGUCGGGUCAGGACCCGGCCAGCAUCAAGGCGCACAAGCAGCGCGAGCACCGCGAACGGGACCCCGCCAUGAACAAUGGGGAUGGCGACAGUUUUGGCGAAGAGGGAGAGAUUUCGCUGGAUUUCGACGCCCUGGCCGAGAAAGUGUCCGAGAUUGCUUCCUCUUCCUCCUCCUCGGGCGGGCCGGUUCCCGAUACCAAGGGGGAGGUCAAAGAGGAACCGGUCCUCUACGACAACGGAAAGACGCAGUACUACCGGAGCAAGGAUGCCGGCAAGACCUGCAAGGAACGUUUCUCAUACUCAUCCUUCGACGCUGGGGCAACGGUCCUCAAGACCAGCCCGGGCGCGAAGAACGCCAAAGCUAUCUUGGUCGAGAAUAAGGACUCGUACAUGCUGCUGGAAUGCCGCGCCAAGAACAAGUUUGUCAUUGUCGAGCUGAGCGACGACAUCCUGGUCGACACCGUCGUCCUGGCCAACUUCGAGUUCUUCUCCAGCAUGAUCCGCAAGUUCAGGGUCAGCGUGAGCGAUCGGUAUCCGGUGAAGUUGGACAAAUGGGUCGAACUGGGCACUUUCGAGGCACGGAACUCGCGAGAUAUCCAGGCGUUCCUCAUUGAGCAUCCUCAAAUCUACACGAAAUAUAUUCGAGUUGAGUUCCUGAGCCAUUGGGGCAACGAGUUCUACUGCCCCGUGUCGCUGCUUCGUGUCCAUGGCACCCGCAUGCUGGACACAUGGAAGGAGCCAAGCCACGACGAAGAACCGGAGCAGAUCCAGAGCUCGGCUCAAGAGCCAGUAGAGGAGACUCCGAAGGCGCAAGAGCCAGCGGCCAAUGACACCUCAACGGUUGUCGAGAGGGAUGAGAACACAACCCAGGCCGUCACAGAAAUGGGCCUCACACCUUGGCGCCCCCUCUUUCCUAGUAGUUUCUCACUUGAUAUGUGCGAGUUGCGCUCUCCCACGACGGCUGACCCCACUCCCGUUGAUUCCGGCUCAAGUAAACUACAGAACAUGCCUGCUGGGGCACCCGAUACGGUGACUCCGCGACAGUCCGCCGUGCCGGGCGCUGAUGAAGGGUCCCAACCCGGCAAUUCCUCGUCUCCGCAGUCUGCGUCUCCCGAGGCUCCCGUCUCUCAGGGCCAGUGGACGGCUGCACCGCCUUCUCCUUCUCCUUCUUCUCCUUCUUCUUCUCCUUCGACACCUUUGCAGGCCGGCAACAACGGCACAGCAAGUCACCCGACCCAAAGACAGUCGGAAACCCGAACGGACUCCGCGGAUGGCUCGUCAUCCGCGCCCACGACCACGUCUCGCAACAAGACCACCUCCGUCUCCGCUUCCCCCUCGGCCUCACCCACCGUCCAAGAGUCCUUCUUCAAAACGGUAACCAAGCGCCUCCAGCUCCUCGAGUCCAACACCUCCCUCUCGCUCCAGUACAUCGAAGACCAGUCGCGCUUCCUGCAGGAGGUCCUCCUGAAGAUGGAGCGCAAGCAGAUCACGCGCGUCGACGCCUUCCUCGACAAGCUGAACAGGACGGUCCUGUCGGAGCUGCGCAGCGUGCGCACGCAGUACGAGCAGAUCUGGCAGAGCACGGUGCUGGCGCUCGACGCGCAGCGCGAGCAGUCGGAGCGCGAGAUCGUCGCGCUGACCUCGCGCCUCAACGUCCUGGCCGACGAGGUCGUCUUCCAGAAGCGCAUGGCCAUCCUGCAGAGCGUGCUGCUCCUCUCCUGCCUCGUCCUGGUCAUCUUCAGCCGCGGCGCCGGCAACAACAAUAACAACAAUAACAACAACAUUACCAGCCUGUCGGCCGCCAUGCUGGACAACUUCCCCCCUUUCCCUCCUUCGCAACAGACAUCCCCCUAUAACCGCCGCUACGGCUACACAACAACAACGGCAACAAACAGACCCGGGUCCCCCACCGAGGUAUCGUCAUCCCUCCCAGGCUCGCCCCCCAGGUCCGGUCCGGAUGAUCGGCUCGCCGCCUCCGCCCUCCCGCGACGUCUCUAUUCCGCCGCCUCUUUCAAAGACAAACUGCUGCCCCUGACCCCGCCAUCGGAACACAGCAGGGAAAGCACGCCCGCCACAUCCCGCAGCGACCGCGACCGCGAUCUCAACCCCAGCAGCCCCGAGACGUCCUUCUAUAGCCGGGAAGGAGACAGGGAAGAAGGACGACGAAGAGAAGAAGAAGAAUACUGCCAAGAAGAAGAAAGAGAAGCGGAAGAAGGAGGGGAGGUCACACCAUCGCGCCAGGGGGGUAUUGCUGCAAACCGCACAGCAGGGAAGCCAGUGUCAUGCUCAGAAAGGCCCGAGGAGAUGUCGUCCAUCGAGGUAGUCGAUUUCAGUCCGUCAUCAUCUGAGACCAACCCCGAUUCGCAGGGAAUAAUAGAAGGGGAAGAGGACGGUGAAAGGCGAGAGAGCCCGACUUCUUCAUUGAGAGCUCGACCAGCAUUGUCGCAUUUGGGCGGUGUCAGAAAACCGCUGCCAGCGCUGCCUGAAGAUCCGAGUUGAUGGGUGAUGACGGUAUCAUUGAUGAUUAUCAUGAGCGCCUCGAUCUAAAGUCAGCAUAAUACCAUAAUGAACUCUAGCGCGUACCUUGUUUGUCAGCCUGAUUCAUGUGUGAUGGACCAGAGGAAUUUAGAAUGAUGACGAGAUCAAGUCACGCGCACAAGGCAUUCAUGCCUUGAGAGAAGAGCAACGUGGGAUUAAAAGCUAACUCAGCGGGCCAAAGCAAUGUCCGGAUUUCCCAGCUAAUAUACCUGUCCGGUGCAUGUG